UUUAUAUUUACUCAACUAAUGCAAGAAGGUCAGAAACUAUAGAAAUUAUCUACCCUUCCUAAAAACUUUUCAGAUUGGUAGGUUGGAGAUGAUUAUGAAAUAAUUAAAUAAAUAGGCUCUGGAUCUUAUGGAUAAGUAGUAGAAGCCUUAUAGAAAUCGACAAAUAAAAAGGUGGCAAUUAAAAGGUUUAAUAAUUUGUGAUAUUUAAGAUUGACUGGUAUAUUUGAUGACGAGAUAGAUAGUAAAAGGAUUUUAAGAGAAAUCAGUAUUCUGAGAGAAUUAAAACAUCAAAAUCUGAUUUAAAUUAUUGAAAUCUUGGAGCCAACAGAUCCAAAAUUUGAUACAAUCUAUGUUGUGAUGGAAUACGCAUAAGUAAUUAUUUUAUUUGAGAAAAGAGUGACUUAAAAAAAUUAUUCAAAUCACCAAUACAUUUAUAGUUUUUACAUAUUUAAACUAUAAUAUACAAUUUAUGUGUUGGUCUUAAAUACUUGCAUUCAGCAAAAGUAUUGCAUAGAGAUUUGAAACCAGCUAAUGUACUUUUGAAUGAAGAUUGCACAGUUAAAAUAUGUGAUUUUGGAUUAGCAAGAAGUGUAUAAGGUAAUAAAGAUUAUUAUGUUAGGAAUUGAUGUUUCUGAUGCAGCCUUAGAGGAAGAGAUAGCAAGAUAGUAAGAAGAGCCAAAAAAAAAAGAUGAUAAAAAAGGUCCUAGAUUGCUUUAAAAAUAAAAUAAAUUGAAUGCAAAGGCGGUAAAGAGAGAACUUACUGGUCAUGUUGUUACUCGUUGGUAUAGAGCCCCUGAAGUAAUUUUAUUAGAAAAAGAUUAUACUGCUGCUAUAGAUGUUUGGUCAGUAGGUUGUAUCUUUGCAGAAUUAUUAAAUAUGAUGAAAGAGAAUGCACCUACAUUUUUAGAUAGAGCUCCACUAUUUCCAGGAACAAGUUGUUUUCCUUUAAGUCCAGAAAGAAGUGCUAUUGCUAAAAAAGGAGGAUUUCCAUAUUCUAAUACUGAUUAAUUGACCGUCAUAUUUUCUGUUCUUGGUACUCCAGGAGAAAAGUUAUUUAUAUUUUAAUAAUAUUUAGGGAUAUGGAAUUUGUAACUGAUAAGAAAGCCAUAGAGUAUUUAAAAAGCUUUCCUAAGAAACCUAAAGUAGCCUUUGUUGAUAUCUUCCCAGGUGCUCCUCCUGAAGCAUUAGAUUUUUUAGAUAAAUGUUUAUAAUUUAGCCCAAAGUUGAGAAUAACUCUUGAUCAAGCACUUGAACAUCCGAUGCUUUAAAAAGUUAGAGAUAAAAAAAAGGAAAUCGUUGCUCCAGGUAUGUUUAUAAUUAAUAAUAUAAAGGACCAAUAAUCUUGGAUUUUGAAUAAGAGGGAGAAUUAUAAAUUCCUAGGUUGAGAGAAUUAUUCUUAAGGGAAAUUUCAAAAUAUAAACGUUGAAUUUAU